GGCGUCUAGGGUUUGCCUUUCAUCUUCUCUUUUCGUGGUUGCUGUUCAGCUUGGUCGCUUCGCAGAAGGUGUAGACAUUGCACGAGUUGCUUCUUCGGCUCCUUCAUUGCUGCUUCGCUCCUUCGACGACUUUCCCUUCCCGUCGGAUCGGAAGCUACGACAUUUUGAUCGGAAGCAACGACGGGAGCUCGCUGGCUGUGAAGAUGUCAGUGGAGGCCAAAUUCUUUCGUUUUCUUAAGAUUGUCGGUGUUGGGUUCAAAGCUAGGACAGAAUCAGAGGGUCGCCAACUCUUCUUGAGACUGGGUUACAGUCAUGAGGUGGAGUUCGAUGUUCCACCUGCUGUUCGUGCCUUUUGUUUUAAGCCGAACAUAAUUUGCUGCACAGGAAUAGACAAGCAGCGGGUGCACCAGUUUGCUGCAGCUGUUCGUAGCUGUAAGCCACCUGAAGUUUACAAAGGCAAGGGCAUAAUGUACAUUGAUGAAGUUGUAAAAAAGAAGCAAGGGAAGAAAUCCAAGUAAAGAGUUUUUGGCAAGGAAGAAAGAUUAACAUAUGAAAAUCUUAGUUUAUAUAAAGUUGUUUCCUUGAUUAGCUCUUUCAAAUUAACUUUAUAGCGAUGCCUCCCCACUUGGUGUGUACUUAUUUCCAAAUCCAACAAUGUAACAGCUCUCUUGAACAACUAUUAAUUGAUUUCUUCAACGUAUCCCAGAAAAGAGGUGUAUGUCAUUCUUAUAAAUUCUGGUUCAAUUCAAAGCCCUA